GGGCGUUUCCACGCGGCGCCGGCAAGGUCGUGCCCUCGGGGCUGAGCCGUGACGGGCUGCUCUCCGGGUGUCCCGGAUGUUCGGAGGGUUUCGGACCUGCGUCUGCGGCCCAGGCGUGGGCGCUCUCCGGCCGAGGCCGGGGCGAAGCUUGUGCCCAGCCCCGGGGAGCGGUGGGUCUUGGUUUCCCGAGUGUGCUUCCUCCUCCUUUGGUGGUGAAGGCUGAAGGGUUCAGCUGGAAGCACGCACUUUGGUUUUCCCUCUCAAAGAGCUCCCAGAAACUUAGUUAUGUGCGAUCUGAAUGUCUGUUUCCAAAGGCGCACUGCCAAAGCGCCAUUCAAAAAUACAGGUAAAGCAAAAGAGAAUGAAAGAAGUAGACAAUCUUGAAAGUAUAAAUGAAGAAUGGGUUUAUGAAACAGGUUCUGACAACCAACCUCUUAGUGACAACCAGCAAACAGAUUGUGAAUAUUUUGUUGACAGCCUUUUUGAGGAAGCACAGAAGACUGGUGCCAAAUGCUUGUCACCCACUGAAGAAAAGAAACAGGUAGAUGUUAGUAUCACAUUAUGGAAAAAUGGGUUUACAGUCAAUGAUGAUUUCAGAAGUUAUUCUGAUGGUGCGAGUCAACAGUUUCUGAACUCCAUCAAAAAGGGGGAAUUACCUUUAGAAUUACAGGGAAUUUUUGAUAAAGAAGAGUUGGAUGUUAAAGUUGAAGAUAAAAAAAAUGAAAUAUGUGUGUCAACAAAGCCUGUAUUCCAGCCGUUCUCAGGCCAGGGUCACAGACUAGGAAGUGCCACACCAAAAAUUAUUUCUAAAGCAAAGAGUAUUGAAGUAAAGAAUAAAAAUAAUAUGUCUGCUGUCCCGCUUAACAACUUGGAACCUAUCACUAAUAUACAGAUCUGGUUAGCCAAUGGGAAAAGGGUCAUCCAGAAAUUUAACAUUUCUCAUAGGGUAAGCCACAUCAAAGACUUCAUCGAAAAAUACCAAGGAUCUCAGAGAAGUCCUCCCUUUUCUCUGGCCACAGCUCUCCCUUUCCUCAAAUUGCUAGAUGAAACGCUCACACUGGAAGAAGCAGAUUUACAGAACGCUGUCAUCAUUCAGAGACUCCAAAAAGCUGCUGACCCUUGUAGAGGACUUUCAUAGCAUUGAUUUUUGAUAGACUAAGUGGAAAACUUGCAGAGAAAUGAUGGUUAUAAAUGGUCAUGCAAACAGAGAUGGGGGAAAGGAAAAGUCAGAUUCACUGGACUUUGAUUCAAGUACUAUUUAACUCUCUUCUGAUGAGAAUUCUUAAAUAAGUACAAGUUAGCACAGUAAAAUAUGACUGGAAACCAUAUCCAAUGUACUUUUUCCAAAAGGCUGCUCAGAGAGAAAAAUAUACUUAUUUUCAAAACCAAUUAAAUCAAUAUAAGGUAUAUUAACUAUAUCAUUUAGAGUCUUAAUACGGUGUACAUAGCCAAAUACAUUCACACUGUCAUUCUCAAAUCAAU